UAAAACACUUAAACCCAACGAUAUGGUCAAGAGAAGGAGGUUGAUUUCGUCGUUUUGAGACUUUCUAUUCAUUCUGCAGGAGUUUUCAUGGAUUUACUCACAUUUUUACUGAGUGACGUCAAGAGCUUCAUUCUUUAACUAUUUUUCGGUAUUUUCAGUCUGCCAUCGAGAGUCGACGGGUUUUGUUCAAUGCUUGAAAGCAUCUUCUGCGUUGGGACAAACUUAUCAAACAAUAUUUAACAACCGUUUCAAAUGAUGGAAACCAGACGCAUAGUUCAUUUGCUUGUUCUCCUGACGGCGCACCUCGUCUUGAUAUGCGGCCAAGAGAAGGACUCUGAGCAGAGGUCUCCAACACUCAGAUCUGCUGUUGGGAGAGACUCAAUGAAACUGAAUGUGUCCGUGACGCGACGCACAAGAGUGCUGCCACCCAUGUGCACAGGACCCACGGAGAUAAGGGACACUUUCAAGUAUAUUAACACGGUGGUUUCAUGCCUAGUGUUUGUGGUUGGGAUAAUCGGAAACUCCACACUGCUCAGAAUCAUUUAUAAGAAUAAAUGCAUGCGGAACGGCCCUAAUAUCCUCAUCGCAAGUCUGGCGCUCGGGGACCUGCUGCACAUCGUCAUAGACAUCCCCAUCAACAUGUAUAAACUUCUGGCUGAAGAUUGGCCAUUUGGUGUUGGACUUUGCAAACUGGUUCCCUUCAUACAAAAGGCAUCCGUUGGCAUUACGGUGCUGAGUUUGUGUGCACUCAGUAUAGACAGGUAUCGGGCAGUGGCAUCAUGGAACCGCAUCAAAGGCAUUGGCGUGCCCAAAUGGACAGCCAUUGAAAUUAUUCUGAUAUGGGUGCUGUCUAUCCUACUUGCGGUGCCUGAGGCCGUUGCCUUUGACAUGAUCACAAUGGACUACAAAGGAGAGCACCUCAGGAUCUGCUUGCUCCAUCCCAUGCAGAAAUCCAAGUUCAUGCAGUUUUAUAAGUCAGCCAAAGACUGGUGGCUUUUUAGUUUCUACUUCUGUAUACCGCUGGCCUGUACUGCCCUGUUCUACACUCUCAUGACCUGCGAAAUGCUCCGAAAGAAGAACGGAGUUCAAAUUGCCCUGAACGAUCAGCUUAAACAGAGGCGCGAGGUGGCUAAAACCGUGUUCUGUCUGGUGCUGGUCUUCGCGCUGUGCUGGCUUCCACUUCAUCUCAGUCGGAUUCUUAAGCUGACCAUUUAUGAAGAAAAGGACCCUAACCGCUGUGAGCUUUUGAGUUUCUUCCUUGUUCUGGAUUAUAUCGGGAUCAACAUGGCGUCAGUGAACUCGUGCAUCAACCCAAUCGCUUUGUACAUGGUUAGCAAGCGCUUCAAGAGCUGCUUCAGGUCCUGUCUGUGUUGCUGGUGUCUGCCGCCUGAAAUGUUAGCCAUGGACGACAAGCAGUCCUGCAUGAAGCUGAGAGUGACGGAGAGAGGAUCUGAUCAAAGCAACAGCCGUGCCUCAAACAAGUACACUUCAACUUAAAAAAUGAUCUGAGUACAGAUUGUCAUCAAAUGUAAGCCUGCACUUUCAGAAGACCUCAGAAAUCGCCCAUAAUUGGCAUCUUUGACCAACACUUGGAUUGUUCUUUAUGAUGACAUGGAGUGAUCUUGCAGCACAUUUUGUUGGUCAAUAUCUAUUGAAUAAUAUACAAAAACAUGUAUAUGAUUCAAUAUCUUUUAAGAUGGUGUAUUUGUCAAUGUUUGUCAAAGUUGUAAAUGCUUUAAUGAUGUUGCAAAGACAUGAUUGUGCAGGAGUGGGACUUUCUUGAGGACUGAGUUGCACGAGAACAGAGGGCCUUUAUUUAAAGUAGUUUUAUGAUCAGUUCCCACAUGCCCCAAGGCCUCUAAUGCAUCAAAGAUAACUUAAUCAUGUGUGUGUGCCAUAUAAUCCUCGCUGUCUCUACACAUUGUCUCUAUUGUCCUUUCUGUCCUGCAUGUAGUUAUUUUUAUCUUCUUUCUGUAUUUCUUGGAUGCACAUAUUAUUUUGCAUCUGUAAUGUAUAUGAAGCAGCUUUUUAAAACUUUAAAAAACAUAUUUGUGUUACAUUUUUAAGACAAUUAAAAACAGAAAAAUCGUCACUGUUUCUUGAGUUAAUGAGGAAAUUGUUCAUGGUAUUAAUGCAGGCUAUGUAAGGCAAAAUGUGCAGGUUUGUUAGCAAAAACAACCAGCUGACUAUACUUUAUACUGCUUACUACACACCUACUUGGCAAAUAAAUCAAUUCUUGGACAUUUUUUAUGGAUUUGCGUUGAAAUGAAAUUGCUGAACAGUUUAAAUCUGUCCUGUUUGUAUUUCUUUUGUAAUUAAUGAAGGAAUGAAAAAAUGAAGGACUGCUAAUUGUGCUCAUUAUUUCAAGGCUACUUGCCAAAUAAAUACACAUGAAACAUU